UUACAGGGUUAUUCAUAAACCCAGAGAAGGCAGACUGCUGGGUUAUACCACUGGAGAUGUGGUUAAAUUACCCUGAAUCCAGGAUUUUUCCUGCUGGAAACUUAAUAAACAGCAGCUGGUGGUUAACCUCCUUCUAGCUACCAAACAUUACAGCAGAUGGUUCAGGCGCUUCUGUCUGAAGCAUCCCUCUCAUUCACCUGAACAGCUGUCUGUGAGCCUGGGUUAAAUUUGCCUGCAAACACCUGCUGCUUUUCCGAACUGGUACUGAAGUUUGGGUUCUACCUCAGGAGAAGGCGGAGCAGCUAGUUGGAACAACCUGCUGCCAGGAUCUGACCUGGAUAAACAGGAAGGUUUGCAGUAAUUGCAAACUGCAGGUGUAUGGGGGUCUGUUUCUCUCAGCCGGGGGUAUCUGUUCAGAGGGACCAACCAGCAGAUAAAGACCUUUGUUGACUGUAAACAUGUUGCUGUUCACCUGCAGCCUGUCAGUCAGUGCUUAGGGAACAACACAGUACACAGGAAGGAGCUUUAACCUUCACAGGUAGAUUCUACAGACUGACCCAGUCUGAUUUUUAAGGACAGCACAGCGACUCACCUGUGCAGGUCUGUUCCAGGUGAGCUGUGAUUGGCUGGCAAUGGACAAAUCUCUGAAGGGUCAUGUGAGCGUGCUCACCUGCUUCCCGUCUUCUGUGGGCAGAGAUGUUGCUGUUGCUGUGGUGAAGCCCCUGGCUGCAGGCCUUGGAAACCCCGGCACCCGCAGCCUUCUGCGUACUGACCGACAGGUGAAAUGGACCAUGGAGGUCCUGUGUUAUGGUCUCACUCUGCCACUGGACAGAGACAUUGUCAGACUCUGUGUUGAUGUUUACACUGAUUGGAUGAUGGCGCUAGUAUCCCAGCGAAGCUCCACCCCUCCACCGAUUAGCAGAGACCCCAACCUGUACGUCCAGAAGAUCCUUCGACAUCUCCAUGUGCUCUUCCUGCCCAGGUCAGACCAGGUUGGUCCGGUCUACCUGUCGUUGUGUAAGCAGGUGCUUUGUUCUGUUCAGUCUCUGGCUAGAGUGAGUUCACUGAUGAGCAAAGAGACCUGGGAGACUCUUUUACACUUUCUGCUGCGCAUCAACCACGCCAUGCUGGCUCCGCCUACUUCUGCAGGAAGCGUGUCGGAUCAGUCCAUGGCGGUUCUCCUGGAGGUGUGGCUGCUGGCAUGUUCUCGGUGUUUCCCAUCCCGCUCUUUGUGGACAGCAUGCAGACAGAUGGUUAGCAGCUGCAGACACCAGCCUGCAGUGGUGGAGCAGUGGAGUAGAGCUGUUGCAGCUCUGACCUCCAGGCUCCUUCCUCAGAUAUAUGGACCCUCCUUUCCUCUCUUCCAUGUUCCAGAGGAAGAUGCAGCUCUGGUUCCUACAGACAUGGAGGAUAAGCAUCUCUCUCAUACCUGGUUUCAGUUCCUGCACAUGUUCAGUAAUCCUGUGGACCUCAUUUCCCCUUCAGCCACUUCCUCUACGUCCUCCUCCCAGGAUGAGGCGUCUGAGAAGGGAGACCAUCAACUACCAGGAAUCUUCUUUAGAGCCAUGAGACUAGUCGCUGAACUAGUCAAUGCCUUCCUUG